AUGCACCUUGAGGAUCUUUACAUUCGCCCACAGUUUCGUCGAAAAGGGAUUGGAUUUUUAUUGUUAGAAGAAUUAGCUAAAAUAGCUUAUACCGAAAACCUUCCUUUUAUUGAAUGGCAAGUAUUGCGUUCUAAUUAUGGGGCAAUUAAAUUUUAUAAAAAACUUUCUGGAUUAAUUGAUGAGACUGACGAGAAAGAAAAAAUUAAAUGUAGUUUAUGGCGUUUAUCUGCUCAAUCUUUUGACUAUGUUUUACAAAAGGAAGCAAAACAAAAGGAAAGUGACGAAAAAUUGAUAAAAGAAAUUUAUUUGGAUAAUGGGGAAAUCUCUGAAAGUAAUUCUUUUUACCUUGCGGAACAAUGGAAUAAUUUAAUUAAAUCACAAAAGAAUGGAGAAGAGGAGAACAAUAAAUUCCUCCCGUCAUUAGCAAAACUUUUAAAUUCUGGCCUUCUAGGAGUUAUUGUUGUAAAGAAGAAGGAAAAUGAUAAAAUUAUGGGAAUGACAUUCUUUAAUAGAAAAGGUUAUUCGACGUGGCAAGGACGAUUCCUUAUUUUGGACAAUAUUUUUGUUGUGGAUUCUGAAAAAGAAAAGGGAAUUGGGACUUCAAUAAUGGCAGAAUUGGUUAAUAUUGCACAAAAAAUGGAAGCAAAUAAAAUUCAAUGGGAAACAAAUGAGGAAAAUAAAAUAGUUGAUUCUUUCUUUAAAUCAUUAAAUGCUGAAAAUUUAACUGAAAAUGAAGGCUGGUUGAUAUAUCGUUGGUAUUUUAAUAAACAAAAAUAGAAGAAUAAUUGAAGUAAAAAAUUGUUAUUUUGGGGGAAAAAAAGAAGAUUAAUA